AUGGAAUGUGAGUGGACAGUUGCAGCUCUGUGAGUGCGCGACACUCCAGCAGUGGUCAGCUCAGGCUGUUCGCUGUGAAGUGCGGCGGCUGCUUUGAAGGCAUCGCGCCCAGCGAGUUCAUCAUGCGGGCCCAGAAGAGCGUCUACCACCUGAGCUGCUUCUGCUGCUGCGUCUGCGAGAGGCGGCUGCAGAAGGGCGAUGAGUUCGUGCUGAAGGAAGGCCAACUGCUGUGUAAGAGCGACUAUGAGAAGGAGCGGGAGCUGCUCAGCCUGGUGAGCCCGGCUUUGUCGGAUUCCGGUAAAAGUGACGAUGAAGAGAGUCUAUGCAAAAUGGGUCAUGGUCCUGGGAAAGGCGCCGAGGACAGCAAAGAUCACAAGCGUCCCAAGAGACCCAGGACAAUCCUGACAACGCAGCAGCGGAGGGCGUUCAAAGCAUCAUUCGAGGUCUCCUCCAAGCCAUGCAGGAAGGUCAGAGAGACGCUGGCAGCCGAGACGGGGCUGAGUGUGCGAGUCGUGCAGGUUUGGUUCCAGAAUCAGAGAGCGAAGAUGAAGAAACUCGCAAGGAGGCAGCAGCAGCAGCAGCAAGAUCAGCAAAACACCCAGCGGCUCAGUUCAGCUCAGACAAACAAUGGUGGGAAUGCUGGCCUGGAGGGGAUCAUAAACCCAUACACCACACUGGCCCCGUCACAACAGCUGCUGGCUAUUGAGCAGGGCGUCUACAGCUCGGACCCCUUCCGGCAAGGCCUCACCCCGCCCCAGAUGCCAGGAGACCACAUGCACCCCUAUGGUGCUGAGCCCCUUUUCCAUGACCUGGAUAGUGACGAUACCUCACUUAGCAACCUGGGCGACUGUUUCCUAGCAACUUCAGAAGCUGGACCGCUGCAGUCAAGAAUGGGAAAUCCCAUCGACCAUCUGUACUCCAUGCAGAACUCCUAUUUCACUUCUUGAGCCUUGUCUGUGUCACCUGGCCAGGCACAGGCGCCUAUGACAUUACAGGCUAAACCCACUUCAGAUAUGGCAGGCAAGGGGUUUGUGUUGCUGGAAUGCUGUCAGACAAUAUUUUGUAGCGCAGUAUUUCCAAAGACUGACUAAGUUAUGGAUCGCAUAGUGUAAUGUUUUUAUUAGAAUCCUAGUAUUAGAUACUAAGUGUUUGUUAGAGCUGGGCUGCUAGGUGUUUUCAACUUGAAAUUUUAACAAUGGGGGGAAAAACAGGUUAAACAUUUCUAUGAAAUUUUGACAUCCCCCAUCUCCUGUUUACCCCCCUGUCCGGCUAUAG